AUGGCGCCAAACCGACACCUUCCGGAACGCCGCAAUCCGCUCUUGAUUGACGAUGUGCCGUCCCAUAGCGAACUGGUAGGUCGUCGUCGGCUGGGGCAGACGCAGUUGACGGCGCGAAUGGUCGCCGCGAUUCCCGGCAGCGAAGUCGACACGUCAUCGCUUGGCGCGUUCGAUUACGCGCACCUACGAGCUCCGCUGCCGAAGGGAAUCGUGUCAGGCAUCUUCAAGUCGUCUCCUCAGAGCUACUUCCUCAUGCGACGCAGCCAGGAUGGCUUCGUUUCCGCCACCGGCAUGUUCAAGGCCACCUUUCCGUGGGCGGCGCAGGAGGAGGAGGAGACGGAGCGCAAGUACAUCAAGUCCCUCCCGACUACGAGCCCGGAGGAGACGGCCGGCAACGUCUGGAUUCCCCCCGAGCAGGCUUUGGCGCUGGCUGAGGAAUACGGCAUUGCGCCCUGGAUUCGCGCCCUUCUCGACCCAACGGAUAUUCCGCUGCAACCAAGCACCGAUAGUGGCCCUCCGAAGCACAUCACGCCGCCGCCUAAGUUCUUCUCCGGCCAGCCCACACUCGCCCCGCCUACCCCGGCCUCCACGCGCGCAUCCCGUAGCCGCCGCUCCGUUAGUCCCGCGAAGUCAAUGGCCAGCAAGCGCGCAACCGCGAGUCCGCGGAAGCGAAGGGUUGCGUCGGUGCAGUCUUCUUCCGUGGUCACCGAAACCCAGUCGACCAGCACCGGCGAUUCGGUGUCGCCCACGCUUGUGAACGGAGAGACGCCUUUCCAGUCGCAGCUUUCAGCUCCAUCAACAAGCAAGAGGACGGCGGUCGAGGAGGCGACCGAGACCGAACUUAGGAUUGAGUCGAUUGAGAAGGAGCCAGCUGUUGUGCUCGAGCCGGUCGAAGAAGAGCCCAAGCUCAAGGUCCAUGUCGACCAGGACGUGACCGUGGACGCGGAUGGUGAAGAAGUCAAGCGCACCAAAGUCGAUCUCGAAGUGCCCAUCCUUGGGGAGCUCCCCUCACCUCAGGACGCUGCCAAGAUGGUUGCCGAUGCUAGGGCGAUGGUCGAAGCUGCCGUCAAGGCUGACAAUGAGUCUACUGCUGCCGUCGCCGGCAGCAAGGGCAAGCGGAAGGCCGACGAGAUCGCCCAAGAUGAGGAAGGGGAGGAGGGCGAAGAUGCCGCUGUUGAGCCUCCCAGGGCGAAAAAGGUCAAGACAGAGGCGGAGAUCCGCAAGGAGAAAAUCCGCAAGCGGGCUUUCUUCGGCCUCACUGCUACAGUUGCUGUCGGAGCAUUUGGUGCGCUACUGCCAGUGAUUACUCCUUAUGUCAUGAACGCGCUAUAA